AAAAACCUAAGACACCGGUGUACGGCAAGUGAUAUGUCCACCACAUACAGGUACACCAGCUAGUCAAGCAUCCAGGUAACGCCAUGGACGCUAUCAUUAAGAAGUAUGACCUGAAGAAGGGCACCGAGGCCCUGGAGGAGAAGAUGGAGGAUGAGCUCAGGUCCUGGUCAUAUGAUAACAUGGAGGGAACGGUAGACAAGAAGAUGAUCCUGAACGCCCUAGCCGUCCUCCAGGGAAGGUGUGUGUGGUGGACUACCCAACAGAGGACUCGCACGCAGGAUCCAUGGCCAAGACUGCCUUCGACAACAUCUCAACAUGCAUAACGUAUGUCAUUGAUGAAAACCAAGGAAAACCCAAAGAAUUCUUCGACCCAUUGUUGGACUUUGCCCUGAAACUGAUCAGCUGUGGCCCUGGCACCACGCACCUGAAACUCAUCUCGGAAGUAUAUGGUGUCAGCGACUUCCAAGAGUACUGCCACAAAUUGAAAGGCGAGCAGGUGAAGAAAGUCUUGACAGCGUGUAAGAGAGAGUACAAGACGAAGGAGAAACUUGACUAUGAAGAGUACACCAGUGAAGUCACGGGCAAGAUGUCGUAUGUCCUAGAAGAUGGAUUCACUGACCAGCAGUGUGCAGCCAACAGGGCGGACUUCAUGGAUCUGUACAUGUAUUUCAAAUUUGGCUUUCAUGAUCGGAAGGAAGAGGAACGAAAGAUGAUGAGCGAUAUGGCUGACUGGAUAUCCGGGCACUUUGAUGGCAAUCCUCUAAACGGAGUGACUGACAAGGCAGAGUAUGUGAGGUACCUGACUCACCUGAAGGAGAUCGUAAUGGACAAGUCCUUCCCAAAGGACACGGAUGCUGUGGACUAUAUCAAAGAAGGACUCUCCACGUUCUUUGAGGCUAUGACUGAAGCGAAAAAUAUUAAGGACCUUUAUAAUGAAAUCAUGGACUUUGCAGCUGAGCUUAUUGACAAGAAAGCUGGAAAGCCCGUGCAGGAGUUGGUGCAAGCUGUUGGCGACUUCUUCGACGAUGUCGAAGACAACCUUGUUAUGGGCAGAGCGAAGAUGUUUGAGAGUGUAUGCAAGAAGUUGACACAGAUUGCGGAACAAGCUAAAGACCAAACAUUAUUGGGUGUCAAAUUUGCGGAUGCAAUUAUGGAGGAUGUGAUUGUCAAAGCAAUGGGCAGAACCCCUGAACAUGUGACACUCCUGAUCCUGCUGAUCAAGGCUCUCGUCAAAAUCCCUCAGGAGAAUACCUUACGGGCGGCUGAAACAGCAUUGUACGAGAGGGAAAAGGCUAUCACAUGGAAGGAAAAUGUCGCCGAAGCCAAGGCGAUUUUUGUUGCCAUUGGUCAAGUGAAGGUAGCUGAGUCGGAUGAGAGGGAGGGGAUCCUGGACAAGUACGAAUCGUUUACAGGCACGUUCUUGGAUCAGCUCAAGAGUGCGCGAGCCCUGGAUAAAGUCCACACUACUAUGGUCACCUUUGUGUUGGACAUUGUGGAGAAGAAGAACGAUGCGAUGUACAGUGUUGGCUAUAAGGUGGUUGACGUAACAGAGUUUGAUGCCAAAAAAGAUAAGGGCUUGUUAAUGAAAGUGUUGCGUGCGGUUGACAAGGCUCUGAAGGAUGACAGCUACCCCUGGUUUGAAAACUACGACUUUUCAGGAAUGAUAUCAUAUCUAGCAUCACAUGCUGUUCGGGGAAUAAAGGCCGGGAACUUGCUAACCCAGGACGACUACAACGUGCUGAUCUCCAUCGCUAACACGUGUGCCAAGAAGGACUUCUACCACCCACACACGGGAGAGCCUGGCAGCGUCUACUACAGCGUCUACGUGGAGGUUGCCAUGGAAGUGUUAAGCAAGCUGGACGAUAUAAACAAGAUGGAGUGGGCGGUCCCCAUGCUUGGAAGUUUGAUUGACCUCCUGCAGCACGAGGAUGCGUCUGUCCGAGAGGUGGCCGGCAACAUGCUACAACAUGUAUGCAUCAAAUCUGGAAUAGUGCUGGCCCCAUAUGUCGACAAGUUAAUCUCCUGCUAUUUCGAAGAUGAAAAGUACUACAUGCUUCAGCCUAUUGUGUCCAUCUACCCUGAGAAGCCCGGACCCAUCAAUAAAGAGUUUCACAAGUUCAUGGCACAUCAUGACACUGGUGAUACUAUGACCAGGACGUUCAUGAUACAACUGUUCGCAGCCGUCGCCAAAAUACAUCCUGAGGUGUUCACGGAUAAAAAUCUAGAAGAUCUUUGGUUUGAUGCGAAGAAGGAUCCGACUUCGGCUGCACAAAUACUCAUGCUUUUUGAAGACGUGGCCAAACAACAGCCCGAAAAGAUUGGCAAACUUCUGCCUCUGCUGGCAGACAGUAAAGACCUGGUGGACUACGCCAAACCCUGCCUCAUGAACGUCAUCAAGCACGUCGGAGUCCGAUCAGAGAAAAAUGCUGAAGAGGUUUUGAAUCUGUACAUGAAGAUAUUAAAAGGCCGCGAAGAGCAGACCUUGUUCCUAUGUGUGCUGGACGGUUUGCGGAACGUUGGGGGGAAAUAUGUUCCCCUUCUGACCAAACACAGACCUGACUUGGAGAAGGUGCACGCCAGAGCCCAGAUACAGUACACCAAAGAUGGAAUCACUGGUUUAAUAGACAUCAUAGAAGGAAGGAGCCUGGCCGCCUUAUCUGAAGACAUCAAGGACACGCAGGAGGAUGUACAGGAACUCGACGCCAAGGUCACAGUUACGCAGAAAAAUGUCAAGGUCGUCACAAAGGAGGUCGGCAAGCAGAAGAAGGAAAUAAAAACAGUGAAGAAGGAUGUGAAAACUCAGGGAAAGAAGAUUGGUGCUCUGGAGGAGACGGUGGACGAAACUGUAGCUAAGGUGGAAGAAAUAGAUGGCAAGACUUUGAGCCAUGCUCCCUUCUGGUCCCGAGAUGUCUCCAAGCUUCUCAACCCCAAGGGGGACCACGACUGGAGGCUGCUGUCAACUCGCCUGGGUUACAACAACGAUGACAUCCGAGGCUGGGCUCAGCAACAUGACCCCUGCAUGGCCCUGCUGAACGAGUGGUACGCCACCCGUAAAACCAGCGAGGCCUCGUAUGCUGUGUUGACGGCUCUACAAGAGAUGAACCGGAUGGAUGCAGCCUCCAUUGUGGAGAAUGCCAUGAAGAUGGCAGAGACGGUAGUCGAGGAUGAGCCGUUCGAAUAUGCCGCCCCUCCAGCCGUCUUCAUCAGCUACCAGUGGGGAAUCCAGAACGAGGUGAAACUGCUGAAGCGCCACCUGGAGAUGGCGGGCUACGAAUGCUGGAUGGACAUUGGUCAGAUGGGAGGAGGAGACAAGCUGUUUGAGAAGAUUGACCAGGGAAUCCGGGGCUCCAAAGUGAUCAUCAGCUGUGUGACGGAGAAAUAUGCCAAGUCGCCCAACUGUAACAGAGAGGUGAAUCUGUCGGUGAGUAUGGGACGCCCCAUCAUCCCCCUCCUGAUGGAGAAACAGACAUGGCCCCCAGCUGGCUCUAUGGGCCCAAUCUUCAGCGAGUACCUGUUCAUCCGCUUCUUCACUCGCCCAGGAGAGGAGACUGGGGAUGACAGAUACUGGUCAGGAGCCAAGUUCCAGGAGCUUCUGAUGCAGCUCAACUACAACGGCAUCGUGCCAGACGAGGCCAAGGUUAUGAAAGAAUAUAAACAGUGGUGGACGCCUGUUGUUGAAGAGAUCAAGAUAGACAAGAAGAAGACUAACAGCAAAGGGGAGAAACCUCAAACUACAGAGACAACAGAGGUUGCCACUGUGUCCCCUGACGUGUUCAUCUCCUAUCAGUGGGGCAAACAGAAGCAGAUCAUCCUCCUCUACCGACGUCUCACCAGCCUCGGCUACACCUGCUGGAUGGACAUUCACCAGAUGGGAGGUGGGGACUCCCUCUACGACAAGAUUGACCGGGGGGUGCGGGGCUGCAAGGUCAUACUCAGCUGUAUAACCACCAAGUAUGCCCUGUCUGCCAACUGCAGGAGGGAGGUCAGUCUGGCUGAUGCCCUGAAGAAGCCAAUAGUUCCUCUGUUACUGGAGAAGACAACAUGGCCUCCUUCCGGUCCCAUGAGCAUGGUGUUCACGCAGCUUCUCUACAUCAACUUCUCCAAGGACGAAAGUGUUCAGGAGAAAUGGACUGGCAAGGAGUUCGAUGAAAUGGUUGGCAAAAUUAACAACCAUAUUCCAGCAUUGACAGAUAACGGUACACCUAAAUCAGAAGAUAAGAAAUCCAAAACAUCUACAUCAGACAACAGCACCAGUUCAAAAACACAGUCAAAACAGCCUUCAAAAACAAUGACAAGGUCACCCCGCCCCCGUUCCCGCCCCGACUCCAGCGCCUGACCCCACCCCAGCCACCACCCCUGACCCUGUCUCCAGUAAGAAAAAUAGGUCACAAACCCCAUCUUCAAAUGAGAACAAGUCAAAAUCUUGUACUAUUAUUUAGAGUCCCGUGAGAACGGAACACGUCCUUUAUGUGACUCGCUGUAUGAGCAAAUGUCAUGGCGCCUGUAAGUAAGCUGUGAACAUGUAUAAUCUGCAUCGUCAAGGAAACGAAAAUCCUUUUCACCUACGCACCAAAUACCAAUUCUUCGAGCCUGGCUGAUUAUGAUACAAGUCAAAACGUAACGUGGGCGUCUAGUAAUGUUUUGACCAGUUACCGGGCGAUUCCCAAACGUCUUAAUGAGAAAAUCCAUAUGCAAUAUGUAUGUGGUGUGUACAUAAUAUACCGUACGUUUGUUUGGAAUGUUAAAAAUGAUUGUUCACAAACACUCAUAUAAUGAGACAAUCGCCAUGAACUGGCCAAUGAGAAUUACUGGCAGUAUGUUCAGCUGUAUCCGAGUGUCUAUGUUUAUUAUAUAUCUGUUGUGUGUACGCUAUAUACAACAUGGUUGUCUGGAUGCAAAACGUCUGUGAUACAAUGAUAUAUACCUCUGCUUGUAUCUGGGUUUUUUAAUAUUGCCAGUGCAAUGACACAAAUCACUCCCACUGAUUUAUUGUACAUAUUAUUUAUAACUCAUCUCUAUAUAUACCAGCCAACACCUCUUUGUCUAUUGUUCCCAGUAUUUAAUGCAAUGUUUAGUGCUGAUGCAUGUACAAUCGACUCUUGCCCAAAAAGGUUGUUUGAUCGGGGUUAGAACUUUUAAGGACUAACUGAAGCUUGAAAGGCUCGUCAUGGUUCUCGUGGAGGACAUUUCUAAAACUACUGUCUGAUGCAAUUCAGAACGUGUGACUUGCCUUUGCAAGUAUUUGUGACAGGUGCCCGUGUAGAGAAGGACACACUCGUGAAAUCCUUGAUAUCAUCACUAUUUGAUAGUGAUUCAUAAAUGCAUGGUCAUAAUAUUCAUGAUCAGACAGUGGAUGGAAAUUUCUAAUGCUUAUAGAAAUUUGCCUUGUCACAUAUUACCGCAAUAUAGUUUCUCGCAUGUGAUUCAGGGAUUAGAAUGUGAUAAUAAUGUUUAUGAUCUGUGUACAUUAGGCCAAAAACGGACAUUUGUAUUUAUAUAUAGAUAUAUAUAUUUUUAUUUUAUUUUAUUUUUAUUUUUUUUUUUUUUUUGGGGGGGGCUUAUUUCUUGCGCUCAAAAAUCAAAAUAUGAUUUAUGAAAAUAUUAAUAUGCAAAUAAAUGAUUACAGAUCACUUUGUUGAUGCUCAAUCACAC